CGGUCUGGCCCUGUUUACGGUAUAUCAAAAUGGCUUCCUCGGCUGUAGUGGCUACUCCCUCGGGCAAAGAUGCUGUAGCAGAGGGUUUGCUAGACGUUUUGAAACCAGCUAUUCAGCAGCUUGACCUGCAUGUACACUCAGUCAGAGAAAGCCAGGUAGAAUUGAGAGAGCAUAUAGAUAAUCUGGCCACAGAGUUAUGCCGGAUAAAUGAACAUCAGAAGGUGGCUCUGGACCUGGACCCUUAUGUAAAGAAGCUGCUGAAUGCAAGACGUAGAGUAGUGCUAGUGAACAAUAUACUGCAGAAUGCUCAGGAACGUCUGAGGCGACUCAACCACAAUGUUGCCAAGGAGACGGCCCGUAGGAAGACCAUGCUGGAGGCUUCGGGAGCGUUCCCCUCCCGCUCCCCCAGCAAACCCUGAGCCCCGCCUCCAGCUCUGCGGACUGUCCUGAUCACUACUGAACUAACACAAGGAGGACACGCUGUCCUUUGACAUUUAGUUAGCAGUCUGUCUAAUGAACUGCUCUGAUUUUGGCAUUAUAAAGAUCCUGUCUGCCAUCUGCUAAGCGUAAGACUGACAGACAACAGAAUCAGCUUUACAGUAUCAGCAGAUUGAUUCUACAGAUAAGGUAAAUGCUUAAACCCAUGUAAUGGGCAUGUAAAAAAUAAAAAUAAAAAAACUUUUAUCACACUCGGCAUGCAAGUUAAAUUCCAAAGCCAUAAUAACAUGCUUGAAUUGUUCUUAGAAUGUCUUCAUGCCAACUUUACGCUCUGGUUCUGGGAGACGGUGCUUCACAAACCUGACUAGCUUUCUAUGAAAUUCACUUUUUUUUUAUCUAACUACCUUAGUUGCAGUUUAGAAUGGGUUCAGGUAACUGUAACAAGCAGUGGUUUACAACACGCCUGAUAGAUGUCCCACCUUAUGUAUCACACUUAUGGAUGAAUUUAGAGAGCUUUAAGACCUUUAUGAUUGCACUAUGAGUAGGUAUGAUUGGGCAAUGGGUUUGUUGUCCUUUAAUCGCUGUGCUGUUACUGCUGUUAUUGUGAUAUGCCAUGUGUUCUGCAAUGUUUCCAUUGUUCACAUUCCACUUAAGAGUCAAUACAAGAAUGCAGUUACUUCACAAGUGAUGCAUGAUUACUAGAUGUAUUACCCUUCACAGCAAUCUGGUGACCCAAUGCAACAUUCAUGAUGAAUUUAGUCCCAUUUGUGAAGCAUUGAGAAACUACUUCCAAGCUAUUUUCCAAUCUAUAAACCUUGCUGCACUUAAUGUUAUUAAAUAAUAUUGUUCUGAAUAUUUCAA